AUGGAUGACGCAACUAUCACUAUUGCUUGCAAAUACCCCCUACACUUGGAAACAAAUUUCCUUCGCAUAUGUUUCGAGGGGAAGGAAGACUCGAUUGUUAUCAAUGGAAAUUUGCUCUCUUCCGCCGAUGGCAAGUUGACAACAGACGCAGCACCGGCUCAGUUCCGCCAACGAGUUGGACUCAGCGCAGCACGAGCUUACCCCGCCAAGAUGGAACCUUCUGCCAGGCGGCAGAUUAUACUCAAUGCAUUUGACAUGUUCACUCCGAGCCAUCUCUGCUUCGGUCAGUGGCGCAGGGGCGAAGAUGAAGUCGCCGACAAAUUUAGAGAUCUCAGUUACUGGACCAAUCUCGCGCAGACACUUGAGCGGGGAGACAUUCACGCUUUGAUUCUGGCUGAUACUUAUGGUCAACACGAUAUCUACAAUGGAAGCGCUGAACCAACGAUACGGACAAGUUGUCAGUUCCCGAUGGGCGACCCCGUUAUCCCGGUGACGGCGAUGGCAACUGUAACGAAGAAACUUGGGUUCAUUGUAACAACCAGUACGAGUUACGAGGCACCAUUCGUCGUCGCAAAGAGGUUCUCGACACUCGACCAUCUUACCAAAGGGCGGUUUGGCUGGAACAUCGUCACUUCUUUUAAGGAAUCUGCUGCCAAGGCCGUCGGGGUCUCAUAUGUCGAACAUGAUGAGAGAUAUGCCGCUGCUGAUGAAUACUUGGAGUUGCUCUACAAAAUAUGGGAAGGCUCGUGGGCAGACGAUGCUCUCAAGAAAGAUGCAACGAACAAUAUCUACGCCGAUCCCAGUCGUAUCCGUUGGAUCAAGCAUCAUACGGCAAGGUUCAAUGUGGAUGCUCCUCACAUCCUGCAUCCUUCACCUCAAAGAACUCCAUUUCUGCUUCAAGCAGGGACAUCAUCCGCUGGCAUAGCUUUCGCUGCCAAACACGCAGAGGGUAUCAUGAUAUCGGGGCUUUCACCUCACAUCUUGGCGCCUCGCGUAGCAGCCAUUCGUCAGCAAGCAGCGGAAGCUGGCCGCGACCCUGGUAGUGUCAAGAUUUUUGCCGUCAUUACACCAGUCAUUGCGAGAACAGACGAAGAAGCCACUGCAAAAUACCGCAAAGCCUUGGAAUUUGCGAACUUCGAAGCUGGUCUUGCAUUCUUUUCAGGUAAUGCUGGAAUAGACCUCGCCAAAUACGAUUUAGACGCAGAAAUAAGACCAGAUGAUGCUACCAUUGAUGGGCGGGUACACUCCAUGGUCAGCAGUCUGAAAUACCGUGGCGAUGACAUUCCAGCUUGGACGCCUCGAAAUAUCGGAAAAGUCAUGGCCAUCGGCGGGAACGGGCCUGUGCCUGUUGGAUCGGCAGCUCGUGUUGCAGAUUUCCUUGAGGAGUGGGUGAAGAUUGCAGAUUUAGAUGGGUUCAACGUUGGAUAUGUCACAACCCCUGGGAGUUUCAAAGAUGUGGUAGAUUUGCUAGUGCCUGAGCUUCGCGGAAGAGGGCUAUACGGGUACGACGGACUAUCGGGAGAUGGAGUCACUCUGCGUGAGAGGAUGUAUGGUGUUGGCCAGAAACAUCUCCGCCACGACCACAUUGGAGGUCAAUACAAGUACAAAACCAGGAUUUGGCUCCAUUCAAUCAACCCCCACUUGCCUUGUUAUGUUGUCAUUCGUUCUAAAGUUGCAUCAGUUCUGAGAACUCGGGUUUUUGAUGCCCCUACCAUGUCGGUACAAAAAGAUACUGGUAAGGAUCUUGGGCCUCAAGAGCCCUCGUCAUCAAGAUGGGAUCUCCUAAGCGGUGUCAUAUGGGAUGGUCCUCGAACAAAAGAAGAACAUCGCCUUGUGCAACGCCUCGACUUCUUCGUAUUAAGCUGGGCUACUUUUGGAUAUUUCUUCUUACCAAAAAUAGCAAAUGCGUAUGUCAGCGGUAUGAAAGAAGACCUCGACUUUCAAGGCAACGAGUACAACCUGUUACAAACUUUCUUUACUUGCGGGUAUCUGGUCGGUCAAAUUCCUUCACAGUUCUUGCUCACUCGUUUUCGGCCCUCAAUUUACCUACCCGUGGCGGAGUUUCUCUGGACCAUUGUCACAUUUUGUUUUGCCGCUGUCAAGGACGUUCGUCAUGUCUUAGCGAUGAGAUUCCUGCUAGGAUUCCUUGAAAGUCCCUUUGCCGUCGGCGUUCUGACCAUCAUGGGAAGCUGGUACACGCCUCGAGAACUCUCCAAGCGGAUUUCAAUCUUUUAUUCGGCCAGCUAUGCUGCUAGCAUGUUCAGCGGAUACCUCCAAGCCGCAAUCUAUCGAGGUCUCAAUGGAGCCGGCGGCCUCCCAGGUUGGCGGUGGCUUUUCAUUUUCUGUGGCAUAAUCUCGAUCUGGGCUCCCAUCUGGGGAUUUUUCGCCGUCCCUGAUAACCCUCAUAUCACAAGGGCUCGCUGGAUGCGUCCGAGUGAGCAGGCAAAGCAUAUCGCGAGGAUGGAAGCCAUCGAUCGGCGCAAACCCGAGCCUUUGACAAAAGCCAGGGUCUUGGGUAUUUUCACGAACUGGCCCAUUUACGUCUUCAGCUUCGCAUUGAUUUGCCAUUGCGUUGUCACACAACCCCUUAACUACUUCUCUGUUUGGCUGAAGUCCUUGAACCGCUUUACGGUCUAUCAGAUCAACCUCUUUCCUACUGCAGCGCAAGCCGUCGGUCUCGUGACCACUCUGCUAUAUGCUUGGCUCUCUGAUGGGUUGGGGAAGAGGUGGCAGGUUUUACUGAUUCCAGCUACCAUCAACCUCAUUGGCAUGAUCAUGGUUGCAGCUGAAUCAAGCUACGCGUUGACCUUUGUCGGAUAUGUUAUCAACGCCGCUUCGUGGGGCUUUUGGCCGGUCCUUUACGCCUGGGCAAUUGAGAUCAUGCACAAGAACAUGGAGGAGCGUGCGAUCGUUAUUGGGGUUGCACAGACCCUAGGCCAAGCUUUCAUUGCAUGGGUUCCAGGUUGGCAACUAUCUUGCCCUCAACAUCUUGAAAAGACGCUAAUUGUUGCAGUUGUGAUUCUCGAUGUGGGUAAAUAUGCACCGUCCUUCCACAUGGGGUUCUCCGUCAUGUGUGGAGUGAGCGUUUUGGAGCUUUCGAGUAUCUUCAUAAUCAGACACUUUGAGAAGCGAGAAAAGGCGAAGAACGAACAGUCCAUUCUUAGCAACUAA